GUGAGUUUACGCGCGCGGGAUGAACAUGGAGACUCAGGACGGACACUGUGCGCGUUUGGAGAGGUUUGGAGCGCGUCUGGAUCAACUCAGGGACCAAAUGGAGACUUUACGCAGCGCGGAUGUGCAGAAUGGAGGAGACUGACCUGGUGAACGUUACAACUCCACAUCACACAGACAGACCACACUCACCCAUCUGAAAACACUGCAGUACUUUAUGCAGUACUUUAUGCAGUACUUUGGGCAGUACUUUGGGCAGUAGUACUCUGAGGAUGAGGUUCAAAUACUCCAUCCCCGUGGUGUUUGUGCUGGCGCUGGUCAUCAUCGAGAAGGAGAACAAGAUCAUAUCCAGGGUGUCGGACAAACUCACCUUGAAGCAGCCCCAGCUCCUCCUCCCUCCCGACUCCGCCCUCCAGAUCCCGCCGAAGCCAAACCAAAAUGGCUCCCUGACCUUUCACCCCAGGACGAGCGCUCCCGUUUUCACCCUGAUGAAACGACGCCUGGAAAACUACAGUUCCCACCUGAACUCGCCCAAGGCCAAAUCCAAACAAAAACACAUCCUGCUGCUCGCCACCACGCGAACCGGCUCCUCGUUUGUCGGGGAGUUUUUCAACCAACAGGGAGACAACAUGUUUUAUCUGUUCGAGCCGCUUUGGCACGUCGAGAAGAUGCUAACGCUGGAAGGCGGCGGUACGAACGCCACGGCCUCUGCUAAGGCGUACCGCGACGUCCUGCAACAGCUGUUUCAAUGUGACUUUUCGCUGCUGGAGAGUUUUAUAGAGCCACUUCCUGUUGAUCACGUCACGACGAAUCUCUUCCGACGGUGGUCCAGCAGCUCGUUGUGCGCGGAAUCCGUUUGCAGCCCGUUCGUCCAAGGAGAUUUCGAGAAAUUUCACUGCAAGACAAGGAAAUGCGGACCGCUGAAUUUAACCAUGGCGUCGCAGUCCUGCUUGCAGAAAGAUCACAGAGCGAUCAAAUCAGUCCGCGUACGCCAACUGGAGACGCUACGACCGUUAGCGGAAGACCCGAGCCUGGACGUAAAGUUUAUCCAGCUUGUGCGCGACCCGAGAGCGGUGCUAGCAUCUCGAAUGGUCGCGUUUGAAAAAUACAAAAACUGGAAAGAAUGGGCGACGCAAGGGAACGUUCCUUUAGACGACGACGAAGUUCGAAAGCUAAAGGGAAACUGCGAUAAUAUCCGGAUGUCGGCGCAAAUCGGGCUAAAACGACCCAAAUGGCUACGCGGGCGCUACAUGCUAGUCCGCUACGAGGACAUAGCGAGGUUCCCGAUGAGGAAAGCGACGGAGAUGUACGAGUUUGCCGGGAUUCCGUUCACGCCGCAGGUGAGGUCGUGGAUUGUGAGAAACACGCAGGUCUCGCAAAACGAAGCUAGCGGAGUGUACUCUUUGCAAAGGAACUCGUCGGAGCACGUGGAAAAAUGGCGGUUCAGUUUGCCGUUCAAAAUAGCGCAGGUCGUGCAGAGAGUUUGCCGACCGACGUUGAAACUGUUUGGAUACAAAGUGGUGAACAGUGAAAAGAUGCUAACGGACAGAUCGAUUAGCUUAAUAGAAGAUAAGGCGUUCGGCUCCUUAUGAACUUUACAGAACGGACUUAACGUAUUUAUAAUGGUGUUGCUUGUUUAGAUUUAUUUAAAAACUGUAUUUACUGUGCACUGCGUAACUUUCCAGAUGGAGGUUACAGCUCAUGCUUGUCUCUACGCUUAUUACUGUGCCUGGAAUGUCCCACAGGAGAGCUUUAAACCACAGACUGUAUAACGAAGUGACUGAGCGAGUGUGACGUCAUCCGCAGCGUUCGGCUCCAAAUGAAGCUCAUCGAGGCUAGCAGUUAUAGCGGCUAAUCUGGAGUCGAGUUCCAUAUUUGGAAUUCCGACCUCGAAUAUCAUAGCAACCAAAGAGCCAAUCAGGAGCGAGGCUGUUGAAGGUAACGCAGCUAUGAGGUAACUAAUGACCGCUAAGUCAUUUUGCCGACUUUAAGUUUUAAAUUAAUGAUGUUUUGUUUUUGUUUUAUUUUUCUUUUGGACUGAAAACAACCGUGUUAUGGAUAUUAGUUAGCUUGUUAGCCUCCGUGAUGUUAACGUCCGCAAUGUUAGCCUCCACGAUGUUAGCAUCCGUGGUGUUAGCCUCUGCGAUGUUAACGUCCACAAUGUUAGCCUUCGUGAUGUUAGCCUCCAUGUUGUUAGCCACCAUGAUUUUAGCCUCCGCGAUGUUAGCAUCUGUGGUGUUAGCCUCUGUGAUGUUAGCCUCCAUGAUGUUAGUCUCCCUGAUGUUAGCCUCCACGAUGUUAGCCUCCACGAUGUUAGCCUCCGCAAUGUUAGCCUCCAUUAUGUUAACUUCCACAGUGUUAGCCUCCGUAAUGUUAGCCUCUGUGUUGUUAGCCUCCGUGAUGUUAGCCUUCCUGAUGCUAGCCUUUGUGAUGUAAGCCUCCCUGAUGUUAGCCUCUGUGUUGUUAGCCUCUGUGAUGUUAGCCUCUGCGAAGUUAGCCUCCGUGAUGUUAGCCUCCGUGAUGUUAGCCUCAGUGAUGUUAGCCUCUGUGAUGUUAGCCUCUGUGAUGUUAGCCUCUGUGAUGUUAGCCUCCCUGAUGUUAGCUUCUGUGAUGUUAGCCUCCAUGAUGUUACCCUCUGUAAUGCUAGCUUCUGUGACGUUAGCCUCCGUGACGUUAGCCUCCGUGAUGUUAGCCUCCGUGAUGUUAGCCUCCGUGAUGUUAGCCUCCGUGAUGUUAGCCUCAGUGAUGUUAGCCUCCGUGAUGUUAGCCUCCGUGAUGUUAGCCUCCCUGAUGUUAGCCUCCGUGAUGUUAGCCUCCCUGAUGUUAGCCUCCCUGAUGUUAGCCUCUGUGAUGUUAGCCUCCAAACUCUUUCUGAAAAGUCAAAUGUGAAUGUGGAAUCUGAAGUGGGCGUGUCCGUUGAGCUCCGUAACAUCACCAUGGAGACAGGCUGGUGACUCUCUCUCAAAGUUACACAGUGCAGCUUUAAGCCUCUGUGAUGUUCCUCUGGCUCGUGGGCGUCGUUGUUUUCGUCCGUUUUUGCACUCGUGUUUGAGGAAAGGGCACAAAGUUCCGAGACCAGAUAAGCUGCUUCCUGGAAUUUCAUUUGGGAAAAACCGAAAGUGGCAACGCCAAAGAAAACUUGAAAUGUACCGGGAUAAAAAAAAAAAGUAUUUGUGGACCACACUGGACCAGACCGAGACGAUGAGGUUUAUGUGGGUGAAGCGUUUCAACUGUUUUAUAAUGAAAACGUUUAAAUAAAUAAAUGUAAAAUUCACA